AUGAAGAACUCAACCACCUCCAAUUACCCCUUCGAUGAGGAGGACACCCGUGGCCGCCCCGGCUACUACGACUUUCAUGCACCCCCCGAGCCUCUGACCCACGAUAAACGCACCCUGUCCUACCCGAGCACAAUCUCCUCGUCUAGCACGACAUCCUCAACCUCCACCACGAAGCGCGUCACCUCCUGGCUCAAGCCUUCGGUCAAACCCGCCCAGCCCAAGGUCAAUGUCCACACCACCUGCGGCCGCCAUACCGACCAGCUGCUCUUUGGCGGCCCUUCGCUGACGGACAUGGCCCGCGCCGUCUUUAAGAAGAAGAAUUAA